UACACGAUCUUUGUUGGCAAAAUGGCGUCGGAUGAUGCACUAGCCGCUCUGGGAGUGGAGGGAGCCUCAGCGGCUGCACACGCUCUGUCUCUGCCAGCAGAAGCAUAUGGGAAUGAUCCGCGACUCGAAGUCAUGUGGGCGAUGAAGGCCUACAACCACGCCGAAGUGUACUUCAAUCUCAUUUCAUCGGUUGAUCCAAAGUUUCUGAAGCUGACAAAGGUGGACGACAAACUCUACUCGAGCUUCAGAGAAACCUUCAAAGAGCUCGACAUAAAGCAGCUGAAAGAAGACGACCUGAAGUCUGACCAGGCUAAAGAGAGGUGGCGUCCAUUUUGUAACCAGUUCGAGGGACUCGUGGAAGAUUUUAACUACGGCACCCUGCUGCGACUGGACUGCGAGAAGGACUACAACGAGGAAAACACUAUAUUUGCCACCCGGGUCCAGUUCUUUGCCAUUGAGAUCGCCCGCAACAGAGAAGGAUACAACAACGGCGUAUACAUGAGCAAAGGCUCAAAGAGCUAACCUCUAAAGGAUCUGCUGAAGAGCCCAGAGAUGAACUGUCAGUCUGCGUUCCCACUUUUGUCCGUUGUGCCUGUUUUCUGCCGUUGUUUUAACUUUCACUUGUUUGUAACAAACAAAAUCAACAAGUCUGGACUCUCAGAGAACCAGGACUGUUUUGAGUUGUACCUCUCAGAAAGCGUCACCAGGAGGAAGCGCCGUGUAGGAAUCCGUUUUCUAGAAAGUCACUGGUGGGUGUAUAGUGUGAUGAUUUCAAAUUUUAUUUAAUUUUGUUGUUAAACGCCUCACUUUUAAGUAAAAGUCAUUUUAUCAGAGUUUACAUGAUUAACCAUUCUUGCAGAACUAUGAUAACAAAUAUGUCAGUCCAUGUGUUAAAUGAAAGUUUUUUUUUAAAUAAAGUUUACUU